CUUCCCAUAUUUCCGAGCGCAUACUACUGUCUUCCGAAAACUAUACAGCCCAACCUUUCAAGCUGCACCGACCGUAUCCCCACGCUCCUCCAAUCUUCCGCGAAACCGUUCGGCGGUGAAGCGCCGCAGCCACAAUAGCCGACACAGGCGCGAGAGAGUUAUAGAAGGGCGACACAACAAUGGGAGGCUACCUGUCAAAGUUUGCGUCGUUGAUCUGGGCGAAGAAGGAGAUCCGGAUACUGAUCCUGGGGCUUGAUAAUGCGGGCAAGACGACACUGCUAUACAGAUUAAAGAUUGGAGAGGUCGUCACGACAAUACCUACAAUAGGCUUCAACGUCGAGUCCGUAACGUACAAGAAUCUCAACUUCAACGUCUGGGAUCUCGGCGGCCAGACCUCGAUUCGACCCUACUGGCGCUGCUACUACGCCAACACCGCCGCCGUAAUCUUCGUCAUCGACUCCACCGACAUCGAGCGGUUAUCCACGGCCGCCGAGGAGCUCACCGCGAUGCUAAACGAGGAAGAGCUGCGCGACGCGGCGCUGUUGGUUUUCGCGAACAAGCAGGAUCAACCCGGGGCGAAGGGCGCAGGAGAGAUUAGCGAGGCGCUGCGGCUGGGGGAUUUGAAGGAUCGAAAUUGGAGUAUCGUGGCGUGCUCGGCGGUGGAUGGGAGGGGCGUGGACGAGGGGAUGGAUUGGCUCGUUGGAACGGUGAACUCGGAUUCAUAGCCCGCGUGAUACGGCAUCUGGGAUGGCGCUUGGAGCAUAGAGGAGGGAUACAGGUGUGCAAAGGGCAGAGAGGGAGGCAGUCGCCUAACCUGUCUAUUAUACCAGCAUGACGGAGUUGGGCGUUCAUACAUCCGUGCACAGGAAGGAAACGUCGGGACAUGACAUCAUUAGCCUGCAAUUCAGCGCUGAGCUUAUCAUUACGGCAAUGUCUAUAUCCGAUCUCCGGCCAUCAAGAGCCCUAGAUCAUUAUA